AUGGAGAAUAGAACAUGGGCAAUUCAUGGAUAUUACUAUACUUUUGAUAAAAUGCUUGGUAGUGGUAAAUUUGGUUAUGUUUACCAAGCUCGUCGAUAUCCGGACAACAAACAAUUUGCUGUUAAAGCUGUGCCAUUAGUAGCAGGAACGUUUGGAGAUUUAUAUCAAAAUACAAUGUCAGUUCUUGAAGAAUUUCGAAAGAUAAGAGAAUUAGCAGCGAUAUCAUAUCAUAUAAUAUAUGUAUAUGAUUUUGGUUUUGAUUCUGAAAAAAGUUUAGCAUAUUUUGUCAUGGAACAAGGUCAACAAGAUUUAAAAAAAUAUCUUUCACAUCGAGUUUUAUUAACAUCUGCUGACAGGAAAUCUAUAUGGCGACAAUUAACCGAUAUUGCUGUUACUCUUAAUGAUUAUCAAAUUGUACAUGGUGAUAUUAAACCACAAAAUCUUAUUGUAUUUCCUGGUAUGCAUAUUAAAUUAUGCAAUCUUGGAAUGAUUAAGCAAGCUUUUCCAAAAAAUGGUCCAAGUGGUACUCCACCUUAUUCAGCACCUGAAGUGAUCAUACCUAAUUCUACAACGAUUCUUACAACAAAAGCAGAUAUUUGGUCAUGGGGAGCUAUUCUUUAUCUGAUAACUUAUAGAAUAGCACCUCAUUUCGGUGAACCCUAUUAUCGUCCGCCUACUAAUCAAUAUCCAUCACGUGAUCCAGAUCUUAUUGAUGUACUCCAGCGCACACUUGUCUUUAAUCCUAAUAAAAGACCUAAUCCUUCAUGGUUAGCUAAACAUCGAUACACAAAAACACAUUAA